CAAACUCACAAAUAUCAACCUUUUCAUUCGCAUUUUAAUGGCUGAUCACCAAAGAAUCCACCCUGACCCAGUUCAACCCAUGAACGACCUCGAGUCACACCAGAAACCCACUGCUCCAUUGGUGCCCAGAGGCUCAUCCAAGUCCGAUAAUGCCAAUGUGGUCGAACCCUUCCCACCACACCACCGAACCAUCCCGGUCCAAUACUCUAAACCACCAAAGAAGAGAGGCUGCUGUUGUCGAUUCAUGUGUUGGACACUAAGUCUCCUGGUACUACUCGUUAUCAGUCUAGGCAUCUUAGCAGCAAUCGUGUACUUUGGGUUCGACCCGAAACAACCAAGAUACUCGGUCGAUGGCAUGACCGUUACUAGGUUCAGCCUCGAUAAUGACACCACCUUAUAUGCGCAGUUUAAUGUAAACAUUACGGCAAGAAAUCCCAAUACCAAAAUUGGAAUUUACUACGAGGGUGGGUCCAAGCUGACGGUUCUCUAUAGAGGAACAAAUCUUUGUGAAGGUUCGUUGCCCAAAUUCUAUCAGGGUCAUAAGAACACCACGGUGCUAGACGUGGCUCUAACUGGACAGACUCGAGCUGCUACUGGUGUGAUGAACUCGUUACUGGCACAGCAACAGACAGGAACUGUGCCAUUGGUUAUCAGGGCUAGAGUUCCGGUUAGGAUUAAGCUUGGUAAGUUGAAGUUGCCAAAAUGGAAGCCAGUGGUGAGGUGCAGGCUUAAUGUGAAUGGCUUAUCUGCUGAUAAUGUUAUCAGGAUCAGGGAUAGUAGCUGUAGUUUCAAGUUUAAGAUAUAAUUCUUUCGAUUCAUCUCUUGAGGUUUAGGCUGUAUUAUCACAUUAUAUAGGUGGAGUUUUCUUGAUUUAUUGAUAUUAUGAGGAUGCAUUCAUGUUUUAGUGUGUGCCGCAGAUCAUCGUACAUAUUUGGGAUAAUAAAGAUCAUUUUUUUCUUCG